AUGGCCGGGCAAGGCGAGGAGGGCAAGCAGGGAGGAGGCCGGGAGCAGCAGCCGCAGCAGCCGCAGCAGCAGCAGCAGCCGCAGCAGCACCACCAUCAUCAAGAAGCGAGGGGGAGAAAGCACCUGCCACUGGGCAUCCGCGCUAUUGAUGCCUGUGUUGGGGGCCGUGACAUCUCUCGCGAAGCCAAGAUCAGAAAGCUUCGCAG